CGUCGGUCGGAGUAUUUAGUGCUAUUAAAAAUGAGUUAUGAUAAAAUGGAGAAAGACCUAGGGCCAAUACAGUGAGACUAAGAACGACGUAGAGAUGUAGUCGAACUCGAUGACUCGCUGGUGGGAAUGCAUUCCGCGUUUGUGACGUGAAAAUCGAUAGACUAGCGAGAAGAAAAAAUGUUGGUUAUGUCUUGCAUACGUUAGUGCAAACAAACGUGAUACAGCUACUCCCCAGAUGCAGAUCUGAAUUCUCGGAAACAAUACCGUAGGCUGUCUCAAGCUGGGCAGAUUUCGUGGAAUCUUCGUGUCCACCAUUAGUUAAGGUAAUCUGGUAUAAUGUUAAAGUAUUCCGUGCAUUAACCUAAUGCUAUUGAGUCAAUGGUUUGAUGAUAAACAUGACACUUUGUGGAUGGGUGUAAUGCUCCGCAAGGUUGGGUUUCGAAACAAUGUCUGAGAGUCCUAAAAUGGGCCUGCUUGGCUCGAAAGAUAAGGAUAAGGAAUCGAAAACUGACUCUUCAGCAAAAGAUACCUCACCUGGUAAUUACCCUCCUUACUGCAUCGACAGUGAUUCCGAAACCUACGAUACCGAAGCAUUGAGCAUGAUGGAUAUAAAUGAUAUUAUCGGCGUUCAAUCCGAGGCAGUCAGCGAUUCCACGCUGGAGAGCGAAAUCGCUGCUCUCUCGCAGAUGAUAACCGACUCAAAGGGAGAGUCUUCUCAAAAGGACAGCAAUGACUCCAAAAUACAAAGCGAUAACAGUGCAAAUAAAAACAGUGGUUUGAACAGGAACAUUACGGAUGCUGGUGCGGAACAGAAUGACGGUAGUUCUUGUAAAAAUACUUUUAAUGUAGUGGAGGACUUGGCCUCGAUGAAUACGCUGCAGGGACAGAUGUACGGUAACGAUUCAGAAUUGAACUCUAAUAACGAUGUUGAUUUUGACACGUCACAGUUGCCAGAGUGCUCUAAAACCUAUCUAAGUAGUAGUGAUACAAGAUUAAAUAAAGAAUGUGAACCCGGCCCGGGUUCAUGUUUGGAGACUGAUAAUAGGCCUGUUGUUUAUGCACAAAACAAGUCUGAAGUUGCUUCCAUGGAGAUUUCUGCUGAUAGUACAAUAUCUCAGAAUGCUGCAAUCAGUAGUGAAAAUAUAGAUGUUACUUCUGAAAUUCCUGAUGAAUCUUUAGGAGAUCCAAUGUGUACAAAAGCACAAGAAGCUCCGAUAAAAGCAAGAGAAGAAACUGUUACCGAUGUUGUAAAAGUUGCUAAUGCUGAAGCAGACAUGGAAGAGCAUAAAGAAGAUUCAGCAGAAGAUUCAAUGCUUGAUCCUUUACAAGCCUCAAACAAACCACAAGAAGAUAAAGAUGUUAAAUCAAAUGUAUCCAGUUUAAGUAAAAGUCUUCAGCUAAUUGGUGAGGCUUAUACUUCUGAUGAUUCUCAAGAUAGCGAAGACCAGCCAACAACUUCCAGUGAAACUGUAAUUCGUGAGCCUAAAGCAGAGGCUAAUGAACGAGUUGUUGAUGCCAAAAAGCAUUUAAGAAAUAAAUCUAAUGUUACUUUGUUAAAGGAUCAUUCCAUUGAAAAAGUGGAGAUAGAUUCAUCUCACGUUUCUGUUACAAUUUCACAAAAUGUACAGAGUGAAUCUGAGAUUGCGGAAAGCAAAGAAGAACAACAAAAUGAUGAUUCUGAUAGUAUCUUACUUCAACAAAAUGAACAGGUAAAGGAAGAUACUGAGCAAACUUCAAACUUGCCCAUAGAAUUAAAAGCAGAGGUCAGACAAUUAGAAGAUCAGUCAUCACUUCAAAAUGAGCAACGAGAUAAAACAGGUGUAACAGCGAAAGAAGCAAAUUCCAAUGAUGAAAUUGCCAUGAAUCAAGAUUUACAUGAUACUGUUGAGUGUAAAGCAGCCAUUAAUGAUUCUGUUCUUGAAAAAAAAUCUGAAGAACUCAAAGACGAUAAAGUCAAAGAUCAAGAGAAGGAAGAACCAACGCCUCGAUCCGAAGAAAAAGACAAUGAACUUGUAGAAAUUCAAGCUUCUGUUGAAAUGGAAUCUACUCUUCAGCAGGAAAAUCUUAAACAUUUAAACGAUAAAGAAAAAUGCGAAGAGGCUAAACUUUCUCAAGUCAAACGCAAUAAUCCAUCUGAUGAGCUCGAAACUAAAAAUCUUCCUAAAUCUCAAUCAGGGGAGCAUAUUCUUCCUGAAAUGGAUUUAGAAAAUAAGUUUUCGGAUAUUGAAAAAGGAUCCAUUGAAAGUUCAGAACAAGUCUUAGUUGUAAAAGAGAAAGUGAAGGAAAUGGUUGAGGACGAAACGACUGAGCAUCUUAUCAAAACACCAUCACCUAAAAAAGAAGAUACAGUGGGAGAAGUUAAUGAAAUAUCAGAAGAUACCAAUCCAGAUAAUGUAGAAAGUGAUAAAUUAUUUCAUACAGCUGAAGAUGGACCUCCGGUAAAUGAAUCUAAAGUGGCCAAUUCUCCUACACUAAGUGUUACUGAAAACAAACAAGCUGUAGAAAAUGUAGCGUUAUCUGAUGAAGAUUCUAUAAGUAAUACAUUAAAGGAUAAAUCGGACACAAUUGCUAAUAAAGAAUUUAGCUCUGAUUCUCUUAAUAAUGAAGAAAUCAAUCCAGAAAGAACGCCUACUUUAAGUACUUCCACUUCCCCAGUGACUGAAACAUUAUUUAAACCUGACACGACUGAGAUUUCUAACGGUACUUCAGAAGAAAGCAAAUCUUCCCAAAUAGAAUUGCAAACCGAACCUAAAAUAAAAGACGUGGAUGAUGAGUUAAUUCAUGACAAAAUUCCGCAAGAAGUAGACUUAAAUGAAGAUAAGGAUCUCAAAAAGGUGGAUGAUACACCUUCCGAAGUCACCGCCAGUUCUAUACAAGUAGAAGAAUUUGAAUCGAACAAAGAAGACAAUUCAGCUGGAAUUCAGGAGAAUUCAGAGGAUGCAUUUACAAAUUUACUGGCAAAUAUCAUGUCUGAGACGAAUGCAAUGACAUCCUCGGAUAAUAUUUUUGAAUCUAUUGAUUCCCCUUCGGAAUUUCUAAACAAAGUAAAGUCUGCAGAGGUAAAUUCAGAGAUUGCAGCUGAACAAUCUGGAGAUUUAAAUGCAACUAGUUCUGAACAACCGGACAAUGUUAAUAAGUCAUCUGGAAUAGAUUCUACCUUCGAGGGUGCAAUUUGCAAGGAUAAAGCAGACUCCUUGGACAGACCUGUUGAAAAUGAUGAGCAAUUGACUUCUUCUCGUGAUAAUGUAGAUUCUAAAGAAAACACUUCAGGUAUGAGUGAUGAAAACAGCAAACUUUUAGAAUCUACCAUAAAUGUUGCGAGCAUUAAAGAAGAUACAGCCUGUCCAGACAGAUCCAGUAAUAUUAGUAAACUUCCAAGUUCUUCUUCUGCUAUAACAGUAUCUGAAAGAGAAACGAAAUCUUUGGAUGUACUUAAAGAGAGCAGUGAACUCAUAAGUGUUGCUCUGAAAAUUACAGACAGUGGAAAAGAUGCAAACUCUUCCAGCGAACCCAACGUAAACAAUAAGAUUUUAACCUCCAAUCAUGACAUACCUGUUUCUGAAGAAAAUGUGGACUCUUCAUGUAAGUCUAAUACGAGUAACAUGUUUUCAAGUCCAGCACUUAACGUCUCCACCUCCGAGGAAGGUGCUGAAACCUUGAGUGAGACCAGUGAAAAUAACAGACUUUUAACUUCUUCGGUAAAUAUUGUAAAUCCUGAAGAAAGCAGAAAAUGUUCGAACAAGGCUGAUACAAAUAGUGAGCUUCAAAAUUCUGCUGUUGAGAUGGCAGUCUCCGAAGAACAAGUGGACUUUAUGGUUAAACCUAGUGAGAGUAAUCAUAAUUCUGAAAAAAAUGCAGACUCUUCGAAAAGACCUAACAAAACAGAGUUCUUGAACUCUGAUCUUAAUCUAGCAAUCUCCAACGAGGCUGUCGAAUCCUUGAAACAGGCUGAAGCAAAUGAAGAGUCUUUUCUUAACACAAAUGAAACAACUCAAGCAGACGGUGCUAAAGCUUCCUUUCAGGAUAUAGAGAAAGAGCAAAAUAGUGAAGACGUGCAAUACGAUAGAAAUGAAUUCUCAGAUAUCUUUGAAGACAUAACGGAGAAAGAACUCUGUGCCGAAGAAUUAGAAGCUACUGAAAUCGAAGAAGAAACGCAGGAGGAUAUGAAUUUAACACUCGAUCCGGAAGAUUCGGAACUACAAUCGGAAGCAUUUGAUCUUGGUAACGAAAAUACAACGCCUAAGGUAAAAGAUGCGGAAGAAGAAACAGAGGAUCAGGUGGAAAUCAAUUUAUCGUUAGACCCUGAAGAUAAAGUUGAUGAUAUUCUAGUGGAUGUACAAGGUGUGGCUAAAGCUUCCAGCCCAAAAUGCCAAGAUGACAUCGAUAUGGCAUUACUCGAAAAGAAAGGUAAGAUACUUGAGAAACAGUCAGAAGCUGAUGAAGAAGUCGAAGACAAUUUGAAGAAUAUUUUGGAAAUAGCGGAGGGAGUGGCAGGCAUGUUUUCUGAUGAUCAAUCUCAAGGUACCCAAGAUAUUGUAACAAGUAUUUUAAAUUCUGUGGACGAUGUUGCAGGUUUGUUGACUGAGAAUCAACCUUCCGAGAAGAUAACUGGUUUAGAAAAUAUUUUAGACACAGUUGCCGAGGAAGAGGUAGAAAAGGCUUUUGCAGAUCCAACUGGAUCUCCAUUAGUGGAAGCGACGAUUGAAAGUUUAACACACAAGUUACCAGUUGAAUCCGAAGAGUCGAUAUGUAAAGAACUAGAAGAUCCGAUGACAGCACAGAAUAUGGAUUCUUUGGAAGGACUUUUAGGACUUGAUUUAAUGGCUGAAGGUGAAGGAUCUGUGCUGAAGGAAGUAGAACGUGAAGUGGAGAAAAUAGUGGAAGAGACGCAAAAGGACAUACAACCUAUAGAGAAAGCGUCCGUCUUAUUGGGGGAGACAAAUCGCGGUUCCAACAUUUUGAAAGACGAGGAUUACAUAACGGAUGUUAUCAGUGGUUGUUUAAGCAGUACAAACAGUGCAGAACUUGAUGAUAAUACCGCAAAGACAGAAGUUACGAAAAUUUUGAACGAUGAAUCGGAGGACGCUAAAGCUGCUAGGUUACUGGAGGUAGGUGAAGAGUUGGCUAACGAAGCAAAAAUUAAAGAUGAAGCAUCAUUUGUCGUAGGAGAGACUCUAGGUACGGACGAGCCCAAUUUGACAGAUGAUUUAGAGACGAUGGCUUUUGAAUUGGCUUCAGGUAAUGAAACUAGUCCUCUCGAUACCAGUGCUGUUCUAGGGGAUGAAUCCAAAAUCGAAAUACCCCAAGACCUUUUACUGGAGGAUGCCGAUCAGAACGAAGCUCUGAAUGACAUACCGUUAGGUAUUGAGAGUUCUCAUCCCAAUUCUGAAAUUUCUGAAAUAGAAUCUGCGGUUAAGUUUCUACAAGAGUCUGAAGAACAAGCAAUAGAUUCUCCACUGUUACUGUCACCAAAAAUGGUGAAUAGUGUAGUGGAUAUGUCAGCAGCUGAUGACAGUCUUUUUGUACCGGAGGAAGACAUCUGUGACGACGCUGCAGAAUUGGCUGCAGAACUUUCUGAGUCUUCUGCAGAUCCAAUAGCCAUAUCCGAAGCUGAGAUCAUAUCGGAAGCUGCAAAAUUAGAAAGCGAGCGAAAAGCAAAAUUGACCGCAGAGUUGAAAGUAAGUCAAAGUUUAUCGAAGGCUGCGGAUGAUCUACAAAGAGCAGAAGAAGAGCCGAGUUUUAUGACUUCUUCUAAUGACGCUUUGAUUACUAAGAAAAGUGAAAAGGACAGUAGAGGAAAGAGUGUUACUAGUAGUGAAGUGUUGUCACAUUUGACGGGUGUCUCAAAGAGUAUCAGAAAGACUUCCGAACCAAUUCCUAAAGUGUCGAUACUGGAGGAGAGGUUAAAGGAACCCCCGAAAAUAGAAAUCCCAGUGCCAGAGGCAUUGAAACUCUCCGAUACAUUGACCACUACGAAAACGAGUUUGCUUAUAGAAAAGGAUGCCAAAAUGGCGGCAUUUCAGAAAAUGUUGGAGUCCCCCAAGUCGUCUGAAAGGGCUGAAUUGAAACUCGUUGAUACACCGAGAAAGGAUUCUGAAAAGCACGAUUUUGAAAAUGUAGGAUCUCCUAGGAUAAUUCUAAAAAUAGCAAAGUCUGCAAUCGCCGACUGUGGAGAGCCAAGGUCUCCGAGAAGUCCCAAAAUACGUUCAGCAGCAAACUCUCCAAAUCCGGAGGAUAGUCCUGGUCAGAAAUUAGGGAAAAUCAAAUUGAAACUGUCCAAAGGAGGACAUCCUUCCAUCAUCUCAAACGAAAAUGUGGAAGAUACUGGUCAGUGGCAUGCCGAGGAUACGUCGUCUGCGUCUCCUAUAGGUAUGAAAAUCAAACUAUCAAAGUCAGGCGAUGCUUCGAUAAUCCAAUCUGACAAACACGAGUCUUCCGAGGAAGUUAAAAGGAUAGAAUGUCCUAUCGGGAUGAAAAUAAAAUUGUCGAAAACCGGUGACGCUUCCAUUGUUCAGCAAGACCUGAAAGAGGUUAUGUACAAGCAUAAAGAUAAACACGACAGUUUGCAAGAGACUCAGAGGCGAAUGGACUCCCCGAUCGGCAUGAAGAUUAAAUUGUCUAAAACUGGAGAUGCCUCUAUUAUUCAGCCAGAAAAGCACGAUUUGGGAGAGGAACACAAAGAAGGAAUGUCAAAAAGUAAGGACAAGCUAGACAUUAUUCAAGAUAUUCCAAAACGAAUCGACUCUCCUCUUGGUAUGAAAAUAAAAUUAUCAAAAACCGGCGAUGCUUCUAUUAUACCGUCUGAUUUGUCCGAAGAAGGGAAAGAAGCAGUGUCCAAAGCUAAGGAUAAAUUGGAAAGUGCUCAAGAAGCCCCGAAACGAACCGACUCGCCCAUUGGAAUGAAAAUUAAACUCUCAAAGACACGUGGAGGCGCAUCGAUAAUCCAAACAGAUGAUUCCGAAGACCACAAAGAUAGGUUAGAGGUUCCAGAGGCUCCCAAGCGAACUGAGUCACCAUUAGGUAUGAAGAUCAAACUGUCAAAAACUGGAGACGCAUCGAUAGUUCACAGAGACAUUCCCGAAGAUUUUAAGGAAGCUGGUCAGAAAAGUAAGGAUAAAGAUGAAAGUCUGAAGAAUAAGGACAAAUCAGAGGCCUCGCAACAAUCAGAGACCAUCAAAGGUGUUAAAAUUAAAGUAACGAAAGGUAGAGAAGCAUCCAUAGUAAUGGUAGAAUCUUCAGAGAUUUCAGAGACCAACCAAACUUCAAAGUCUGACACUGCAAAAGAUGCAUUGAAGAAAUCUGAGUCUCCAAUUGGAAUGAAGAUCAAAUUAUCCAAAAGUGGGGAUGCCUCUAUUGUUCACUCUGACAAGGAGACCGAUGAGUCAAAGAUUAAAGAAAAACUGGAAUUACCGCAGGAAACGAUCAGGAAAACGGAAUCUCCAUUGGGGAUGAAAAUCAAAUUUUCAAAGACCGGGGAUGCAUCUAUAGUUCAAAGUGAACCUUCGGAAGAAUCAGCACAGCCUGCGCAGACCUCAGAAAUGGAGUCAUCCAAAGGUAUGGAAUCCUGUUUGGGGGUAAAGAUAAAGCUAUCAAAGUCUGGAGAUGCCUCAAUUGUAGAACCAGAGAAGUCUGAGAAAAAGGAGAAAGCCGCUAGGCAAAGGAAGGACACCGAUCCUUCGUUGGAAAUGAAAAUAAAGCUCUCGAAGACAGGUCACCCCACAAUCAUCCCAGGUGAUGCAUCGGCAGAAGGUAGUUCUUCGCAAAAAGGCAAAGAUUCUUCAGAAAAUACACACGGUUCUGCACAGAAGCACAAAGAUGUCGAACCCGGCAAGGAGCCCGCGUUGAAGAUCAUGAAAACAGGACAUCCAACGCUCGUUCAAAGCAGCAGAGCCGAAUUAACGAUCGAGCCUAUUCACCUUCAAAGCAGAAAACACGAAAGUGGUGGAGCUAACAUUUCACCGAAACGCAAGGAAGUUACUAUUUCUCCAGUGGAAUCAAAGAAGUCUAAGCUCGAGGCAAAGCUCUCUCAGAUCCUGCCUGAAGUGACCAUCCAGCCUGUUAUGAUGAGGGAUUCCAAGCAGAUGAUAUUCGAUCCAAAAACCAGUGUGAUAAGUAGGCAGCAAAUGAGCGUAAUUAGUCAGGAAAUUAGUAUAACUCAAGUGAGGCCGUCCAAAUCGAAGGAUCAAUCGAUGAGUGAUAAGCUUAAAGACAUUCUAGGAAAGAACAGAGCCAUGUCUCCAGUGGGCUCUGACUGCGAGAUCAUCGAGCACAGGCCAGAAUUAAUUAUUGUUAACGAAAAUUCUAAUUCGAGCCAAGACGUUAUGAUAAUAGAGGAGGUCCAACCCAUCCGAAUGCCGGAAAUCAAAAUUCCCAGGAAGAGAGGAAGGCCUCGGAGGAAUCCUCUUCCUCCUCAGAUGAUGCAGCCGAUACAAGAAAUGAUUAUUCCCAGAGAUCCUUUGGCUCUGGAUGACCUUCCACAGGUAGUUCAUGCUGUCGAACACAGGGAGAACGAGAGGCCUAGAAGAACCUGCAGGAUUCAAAAGAGCUAUGCUCCACCUAAGAGAGGUCGAGGAAGAGGACGAGGUAAACGAAAGAUGGACAAGGUAGAAAUGCCCGAUGAGAAGAAGGCCAGAAUCGAGCAGGACUUGACAGCAAUCGAGAACUCCACCAUGGCUUUGAUCACUCUUGAGGAGUCUUCGACGCAGGUCGAAAAGGGGAAGAAAUCGUCCGAGUUGUACAAGGCGCUCAAACAGCCAGCUAUGGACCGUAAUAGCACAAGUGUGUCGAGCAGAGGUGAAAAGCAAGUGGCCCGUAAGGAACUGGGAAAAAACCUGGAUCCACAUAAGGCUACUAUUUUAGAUCCUAGAAGUAGUGCCCAACUGGACACGAGCAAUUUAAAAGGACCCAUUGCUAGCCAGCAACUUGCCGAACUUAUAUCCAUUAAUGACAAAUCUGUAAUUGGAGUGAACCGUGAAGGCAAAGAGGAGGAUGAGAAAGCAGAGAUUGUAAUUAUCGAGGAAAAGUCUGGGAGCAAAUUAGAAGAGAAAAAGACAACAGAUGGGAAGGAAGCAGUCAUCGUUCCAGUACAUCAGAACUGGUUGACACCUUUGUCGAAGAAACACUCCACCGAUAUGGAUAAACAGAAGGAGCCCACCAGAAACGAAUCUAUAUCCACUGUCCAAGUCAUCGAUGAAGAGACCAGGAUGAGUGCAGAAUCUGGAUCGAGGUCUCAAACUCCUGCCAGAAAUCUAUCCGCUCUAGCAUCGGAGACGAUAAUUAAUGAAGAAUCUCAAGGCAGCGUACUCAGCACUGCGACAACCGAAUCAGAGAAAGUCAAAAUAAAGAACCGAAGAAUGGAAAUUAAUUUUGAUCCUGACGAAGGACCUUUUACUGUCGACAAGAUAGCGGAGUAUGAGUGGCCUCUUGAUCGAAAGGGGGAAACUUUCAUGAUACAGGAGCAGAUAUCGCAGUAUUUAGGAGUGAAGUCCUUCAAAAGAAAGUAUCCGGAUUUAAAACGCAGGAUAGUUGACAUGGAAGAGCGAAGCUAUCUGAGAGAAAAUGGUCUUGUUAGCGAAGCUAUGUGUGACAUGGGCUUAACCGCUGUAUGCAGCUCCGAAGUAUUGGACAUAAUGUGCAGCGAUUUCCCCGAUCAGUACGAAGAAUAUCGUAAGCAUAUGCGAGAAAAACAGGCCAAAGAACAUUCCAAGAAGCAGAAAGAAUUAACCGCGGCUGCUAAUGCCGAAAGGAACAGGAUAGAUCUGGCAGAAAUGGCUGUCCAGUCUGCGAUGUCUUGGAACGUUAACUUUAACAAGGCUCGAAAGGAAAGUCGAAAAUGCAGCUUGGACCUGCAGACUUUCACGAUACACGUGCCAAAGAAACAGCAGAAGGUCGAGGAGGAUCGAAAAGUCAGUCAUUAUCCAGUUGCCCUCAUACCCGGACAGUAUACGGAUUAUUAUCGAGAAUAUACACCUGCGGAAUUAAGAUAUUAUCCUCUAAAUACAGUUCUUUAUGGUCCGAUGAGGCCAAACGAACGAAAGUUCGACAGCCAGUCCGAUGGCUCGCAAAGUGACAGUGACAGUGACUCGUCAUCCGAUGAUUCAAGUUCGUCUUCCAGCGAAGGUACUCAGGACACGGAGGAGUCACAAUCAACGAUGGAUGAAGUGGACAUAGAGAUGGUAGCUCAGAAGGAGGAAUUGAAAAAUGUCAAAUGUAAGAUGUGCUUAAAAACGCUAAAUAAGCAUAGUAAAAGCGAAAUAUUAAUUCAGUGUGGUACGUGCAAUGGAAACGUUCAUCCCUCAUGUAUCGACUUAACUUUAGAUAUGGUACCACACAUACAAGCAUAUGCGUGGCAAUGUACAGAUUGUAAAACAUGCGCUCAAUGUCAUGAUCCCGCCGAUGAGGAUAAAAUGCUCUUCUGCGACAUGUGUGAUCGAGGAUACCAUAUCUAUUGCGUGGGAUUAAGGAGAGUACCUCAAGGCAGGUGGCAUUGUCAAGAAUGCGCGGUGUGUGCAAAUUGUGGCUCGAGGGAAGCUGGCGGUGCAACUUCCGAUAGGAAUAGCGUUGCUCAAUGGCAACACGAAUACAAAAAGGGAGAGAAGAACACCAAGAUCUACGUUUCCACACUUUGUGUUCCUUGCUCGAAGCUGUGGCGAAAGGGUCGAUAUUGCCCGUACUGCAGUCGCUGUUACAGUGCUACGAGGCUCGACCUGGAACCGAAUCUAGUGCAUUGCAGCGCAUGUGACAAAUAUCUGCACUUAGUUCCAGCAGAGAAAAUUCGUGUUGGAAGGGAUUACCAAGUCAUCGUCCCUGAAUUUGUUCCAGUCAAUGAGCGACGGCUGGAUCAAUGCCCCGAUAGAGCUUUACUGGUUUGGUCUCCGACGACGGACAUACCGGAUCAGAAACUUGAUGAAUACAUUAUAUUAGCGAAAGAAAAAUAUGGCUACAAUGGAGAACAAGCUCUUGGAAUGUUAUUUUGGCAUAAGCAUAAUUUGGAGAGAGCUGUAUUGGAUUUGGCUAACUUCACACCCUUCCCCGAUGAGUGGACCGUUGAAGAUAAAGUCCUGUUUGAACAAGCAUUUCAGUUUCACGGAAAAAGUUUUCAUCGCAUUCGCCAAAUGCUUCCAGAUAAAUCGAUAGCAAGUUUAGUAAAGUAUUACUAUAGUUGGAAGAAGACGAGGACACGAACAUCGUUAAUGGACAGACAAGCCCGCAAAUUGACUAGCGGGGGAAAAGAAGGAGAAAAUGGCAGCGAAAAUGGUAGUGAACUGGGAUCUAAUACAGAUAGCGAGUCGGAGGAAAAAAAAUGGACGAUCCACCGCGGAAUACGUCGUGGAAAGAACCAAGCUGUGCCAGGAAGCCAAGGCACUGACGCCAAGGCCUCGUCCGACUCGGAAAACAUCCCUCAGGUUCAGGGGUCGUGUAGCAACUGUGGCGUUGCUUGUCAUAGUGUUCGUGCGACGCCCAAGGGACACGCGUGUCAUAGCUGCUAUCUGCACUGGAGGCGCACUGGUGUCGCGAGGCCACUAAGUUCCAUGCCGGGUCGCUCAAACAAAAGAAAACCUCCACGUGGAUUGGUUGUAAAUCACGAUGAUUUGGCAGCUUUGGCUGGUCAGCCUAAUCAAGCCAGCAACAGCUUGCAAGCUAUCGACACAGAAAUUGUUAGCCUGAAACGACAAAUCCAGUCGAACAAACAACAAGUCAGCGCACUGAAACGCAAGACGACCGAUGGGAUCGAUGAUCUACGUCCACCUGAAGUAUCCAGUCGUAUAAACGCGCGGUGGACGAAUGACGAGUUACUACUUGCUGUCCAGGGUGUUCGGAAGUAUGGAAAAGACUUUUCAGCCAUAGCCGAUGUCAUUGGAACCAAGACCGAGGCCCACCUUCGAUCUUUCUUCGUGAACUACCGUCGGCGGUACAACUUGGACGCUGUACUCAAAGAGUACGAGGCUGAGAAUGGACCGAUCUUAAUCGAUGAUGAAAAAGAAGAAAAGAUGGAGGUUGAUCAAACAUCGAAUAACGAAGCUGCAGAAACGUCUCAAAAAUCAAAAGCGUCUAGUGGUCUCAGUCAAUCAACCAAAUAACAAUUAAAUAGCGGUUUUGGUACCACUAAACGUGAAAAGUAGCGAGAACAAUUACUACAUAUGGCACCCAUAGUGAGGUUCAUAUCCUAAGGAUUGCGAAGAGUUUAAACGAGUCGUUAAAUUAUUGAUCUAGUAUUCUUCGAUGAUGGAAGCAUGGGAGAAAAGAGUACACAGCCGAUUUUGAGAGGUGGUGUUUGUUUUUCUAAAAUCACUGACUAUAAACGAGAAUCGAGUAUUUUGCUGAAACUCAGGGAUUAUUGGAGUGUAUGGGUUUUAUUGAGACGGUACACUUUCGCCGUAUAUACGAAUUUAAUUGGACAGAAUAAUUGCUUGGAUCGAGACACGACAGGUCAUUGAUGAGCAAGCAACGAUGAUGUUCCAUUAAAUAAUGUAGAAGUUAUGUAAGUGAAGACGUUAAGCAAGAGCCGAAAGACUUCAGUGGUGUUGUAUCUCACGUGUAAAAGAUAAAAUAUGAUGUUAAUGCGUACGAUCGUUCGAUAUCAAGAAUAAUCUCGACAGAUUAGUUCGACUAUUAUUUUUAACAAUUCUAGGAAGUACGAUAAUCAUGCUAUCUAUUUUACGACCGAAAUGAGAGGAAAUAUAUUGAAAUACGAUGCUUGCUUUGCUUCAGUGCACGCACACGAAUCCGCAAAGAGCUCGGUGCAUCAAAUGGUGUCGUUUAAUUUGCAAACUGAGGCUGAAAAUACAUAUCGUAAUUAAGCCAAAGAAAAGAGAGAAAAAAUUAAGUUCAAAAGUUUCAUGUCAUCGAGAUAAAUGAGCCAAAAGACCAUUUCAUUUAAAUGCGAACACAGUGAAGCGAAAUCUUAGUAUUGUUGGUUACUGAUCCAUAAAUUCCAAUGUUUAUACGAAGUCAUAGUUUUAUUAAAUUAAUUGCACUUCACCCGAAGGAACAAAUCUCCAAGUCUUUGAUACAGUUUAAAGUGUUGAUUUUCAAUGUUUGUAUCGAUAACUUACAUUACAUCUGUCAUUUGAUAGUUAGAUUUAUAUAUUAUACGCGUAUAUGUACGUAUGUAUAUCUGUUAACCGCUGAUUGCAAUUAUAGAAAUGGAAAUGUACCUAACUUCAGUUUGUAAAGCAUGACUGAUACGUGUAUAUAUAUAUAUAUAUAUGUUUCAUUUCGAUCACUUGAUAUUCAUUUCCUGACUCAGUUGUAAAGGAUUUUUUACGGAUAUAGUUCAGCGAUUAAGUGAAAUCUUGCGAGUCGAGUGCACGCAUUCUGUAAUUGAAACUGAAAAACUGAAUUAUAUAUUUAUAUGGGUAUUUAUGCAUUCACGUGUGCAUAACCUUAAAAAGACAAAUUCGACCGAUGUACGCAUAUUGAGUGGAUACUGUACACUAAAAGUUUGUAUUUUAUUUUGACGCAAUAUGUAGUUAUUAGAUUCAUUUUAAUGUUUUUUAGAUAUUUUGAUUAUAUAAUAUAGGCGCCAUUACACUAUUUAUUUACCUUAAUGGUAUGUGCUAUUCUUCAUUGAGAAUGCAGAAGUCCAGCUUCGAUGCUGCUUGCCUCUUCUGCAAUAAGGGUUGGUCUUUCGAGACCAAGUUCAUGAAACUACGGACCCUAGAGGAAUGCAGAGAGCCAGGGACUAGAUGAUUUAAGUCUGAGAUAAUGUAUAUUGAUAAUCUGCUCGUCGAAAUCGCGAAAAACUAAGCUCGCCAGAAACAUGCGUGUUUUAAUUCUCAUAAGACCUUAAAAGAAACUAAUCGAUGCAUGCUCUUGAGGAAAACAGAAAAACGAUUCAAUAAGUCAACGCGCAGUAAUCGAGUAGAUAAAUUAGAUACUAAAUUUAUAAAGUAUCACGUAAGUGUAGGAUAACAUAAGAGUUUGAGGAUAAUUUUCUUGCACGUAGAUAAAUAUAUAAGGAUUUCAAAUGUUUCUUGAACAUCUUCCAAAGUGUAUAGUCUUUAACUGGUUGUAAUAUUGUUGCAUAUUAUAAUCAAACCAAGAAACGUCUUAAACUCGGCCACACCUUAAGACAAAUGUAAAUACGAAACUUCACUGUAGAAUAAGUAGCAGGUGCAGUAAGUGCAAGUUACUAUACACGUAUGUGUAUAGGGGAACGUUUAAAAAGACCGACUAUCAUUUUUGUCAUAAGUGUAUCUGUCGAAAGAUAUACCUGCUUCCAAAGUAGAAUUACCCUAAUCUAAAACGUUUUAAAAUAUAUCUAAAACUUGUUUCCCUAACGAUUCUCGCAAUUACGUUGAGAUAUUCUAUUUUUCUGUGUAUUUAACGAUAUGGUUUAAAACCUUGAAAAAUAGGAUCGAUGCAUCUAUUACACCUUAGUUUAAAUAAAUUCUUAAUUACUUGGCACGGCUUUAGCAAGCUAUUUCGCUAUCUCUCGAACUUGAUUUGAAUUAUGAUAUAAAUAUUGUAAGAAAUAAUAUUUUAUUUAUAAUAAAUGACAGUAAAUUUGA